UGCGACAUGAGGCCUUUACAUUAUUAUGCUGAAACAUGAGGUGAUGGCGGCAGAUGAAUGGCAUGACAAUGGGCCUCAGGAUCUUGUCACAGUGUAUCUGUGCAUUCAAAUUGCCAUUGAUGAAAUGCAAUUAUGUUCGUUGUCCAUAGCUUAUGCCUGCCCAUACCAUAAACCCACCACUACCAUGGAACACUAAAUUCACACCGUUGGCAUCCAAACCACUCACCUACAUGACGCCAUACACGUGUGCUGCGGUUGUGAUGCAGUUAAUGGUAGAGAGAUUAACAUUCAAUUCUCUAAUUUCAGCUCAUGAAACAUGGGCCAACACUUUACAUGUUGCAUUUAUAUGUUUGUGCAGUGUACAUUGCUGUAGCUAUAACGGUACUGGUUUGUUUAUUUUCCAUGGCUUCCCCCCCCAACAAUUAUUUUCUGGAGCUACAGUUGAAUGGAAUCCACAAUUGCAUACUCGAUAUGUUACUCAACUUCCUGCCAUAAUUGGUGAUACAGAUGCAAGUGUAGAGCUCUUGAAAAAGCAAAAUUCCAGUUAAAGUGAAAUUAGGUAAUUUGUCACGCGGUCUAGUUAUUUGGCAUGAUUGAUCAUCUUGUGUGAUGGGCAGAGAUACAUGUACAAAUUGAAAUAGCUAUAACGGUGGUGGUUUGUUUCUUUUCAAUGUAUUUUCCUUUACAAUUAUUUUAUUGAACUUGUUGCUAUUGUGUGAGGUAUGUUUGUAUCGCCAAAGCACAAAGCGGAUCUCAGGAUGAAAGCAAUACAAUUACGUUGUUUUUACACAUAUAUAUGUUUGCUGCAUAUAUUCUCUGUUGCCAAGACGACCGUGAUUGGGAGUCCCAUAUAGCGUCGCACAAUUGGUGCGAGUUAGGUUUUGGCCGGUGUUUGGUUAAAAAAUUCGUGAGGGUUUGGCCGGUGUAGGCCGUCAUUGUAAAUAACAAUUUGUUCUUAACUAACGUGCCUAGUUUAAGGUAAAAUAUAUAAACCUACAUAACCCAGAGUCCAUACCGUCAAUCAGGAAAUGACGUGUAUGCGCAUGCGUUGAGUUCCUUUACUUCCAAAACAACACGCGUGCUGUUCAAAGAUGUCCGCGCCUAUGGAAAUAGUUCUGAGUGCCGAUUCGGCUGGACAGCUAUGGAACUGUGCCGUUUUGGAACUCCAUUCGGGCACAAAUCUCUUGGCCUAUCGAGGUGGCAAUACUUCUUCGAGGUCACUCACAGUUUUGAAUGGAGAGUACAUCCUCGGAGCCCAACUCGGGAAAAACUUCAUCAACGUGUGGGAAAUCCAGAGAAAGGAUCAGCUGCAGCAGAAAAUUGUGUGCCCUGGGAUUGUGACAUGCUUGACUGCAUCCCCCAAUGGCCUGUACUUGGUGGCAGGCAUUGCUGAUGCCAUCUACUUAUGGGAGGUUUCCUCUGGGAAUUUGCUGGCCAUCUUGAGCCGCCAUUACCAAGACCUGACCUGCCUACGCUUCAGUGACGACAGCAGCCAUUUCAUCUCAGGAGGCAAAGACAACCUGGCACUGGUCUGGAGUCUAGCCAGUGUGGUGCAGCUGGAUCCGUCACACACCCCAGAGCCUCGUCAUGUCCUGUCCCGUCACUCUCUCCCCAUCACCGACAUCCACUGUGGCCUGAUGGGACCCCAGGCUCGAGUAGCUACUGCAUCCCUGGACCAGACAGUCAAGCUUUGGGAGCUAUCCUCUGGCGAGAUGCUCCUGUCUGUUCUUUUUGACGUAGGCAUCAUGUCAGUGACCCUUGACCCCUGCGAGUACUACCUAUUCUGCGGUGGCAGUGACGGCGGUAUAUUUCAGGUGUCCCUCUGUAGCCAGAGCUUAAGUCGGGAUAAGACGUUCCAGUCGGACAACGAGGGCAACCAGGUUUUUAAAGGACACAGGAACCUAGUGACAUGUCUGUCUGUCUCUAUGGAUGGCACUCUCCUCCUCUCGGGCUCCCACGAUGAGACCAUACGACUGUGGGACAUCCAGAGCAAGCAGAGCGUCCGCAGCAUCAACCACAAAGGUCCAGUCACAAAUGCCCUCAUCAUCCCUGCCCCUGCCAACAUGUUCCUGCCUGACAGCCGCCCGGGCAUACCCCUGCCCCGCUUCAGCCGCCACCUCAACCCCUCAGAACAGGGCGAGGGCGUGGAGACCGGAGGAGUGUGCCUGCGCCUGGCCCCCCACAACCAGGCCCAAAAGGAGACCUAUUUGGAGAAAGCAGACAAACUCUACUCCAUCAUGAGUGCCGUAACAGACAAGUGUGUGUUUGGUGAUGGCGAGAACACAAAGGUGCGUGUGUCGGAGCUGGAGGAGGAAGUGAGAACGCUGAAGAAGGUUAACAAGGACCUGUACGACUUCUCCACACAGCUCCUCACCAAGCCCAGCUAGAGAAGAGCCACCACCCCUGGCCACGGCUCCCCCAUCCCACCAGCAGGGAACCUACUAGGGGGAGGGAAGACACUGCAAGCCCCCCCUCACUACAGACCGGUAGGCUAGGGAAAUAUAAGUUAGUGUGUGUCAUUCAUAGUGUUUGUUUUGUAAGGGAGAGUGUAUGUUCAGCAGGACUUCAGGUGUUAAAGUUAUACCAUGGACUGCAUUGCUUGUAUCAUGAUCCCUCGCCAUAUUUAGGAUAAAGGAGUUAAUUUAACAUGAAAGAAAUGUGCUCACCUUGUUUGUGCGACAUGUUCAAUGUUAGCCACAGGCUACUUGCAGUAGUCAAGUGCAGCCAGAAAGAGCGACAUAAUUGAUCUUAGCGCUAUAUUGACGUCCUCAACUCACAGCCCUGUUCCUUCACACUCAUCACCACUGCCUAUAAGGCCAAAAAUCCCAUCAGCCAAAAAUCGGUGUAACAGUAUCCAGUUACUGACCUCUGACCUUACAUCCUUUUUGUAAUCUGGCUAACCUCAGAUUCCUGCAUUAUCCUCUCCUUUUUAUUUGUAUUUUUGUUUACCUCGGCUUGGCCAUGUUCGACAGCAUUCAACCAGUUAAUAGAUUAUAAGAAUUUGUGUGACAAGGACAUGAUGUGCACCCAGGUGUGUUUGGCUUAGCAUCGAUGAGGCUGGUGUUAAUUUCAGUCGCACAAUAGGUAUGACCACCAUGGUUCAUAGGUCCCCUUAUGUCAAGUAAAACUGUUUUCCCAUUAGCAAUAUGCACAUACUCUUUGUUAACCUGUUUGGCUAAAAACAGCUCAAGGCAGGAAUAUCUCAAAGAAAAUGGUGGUGUUAAAAAAACAAUACGGAAGAGUAGAGGAAUAUGUUUGAUUAACCCUGAGGAACUAGCCUGAAGACUGUGUACAGUUUUUCCGUGCCUGUAGCAAUCAUGGAUUUGGUUGUGCAGUGCCCAGCAACGCUAUACAACUGCAGAAUCAGUUUUCAGAAUCCUCCAGAAAUCGCUCUUCUGCUCAUCACUGCUAAUUCUCCACCCGGGGCACUAAAUUAGAGGCAGCGACAUAGAAAUAGUGGUUGAUUUUGGUCUUUUUCUCAUUCGCCCGCUUUGAUGAGAUCCGGACAAUGUGUGUGCCUCUUCGGUAGAGGGAACUGAUAAGGACAGCAGCCCUCCUGUCCAGAGAGAGCCAUGGCUUUAGAACAGGGAUUGGCAACUCUCCUUUUGUAGGCCCGUAGUUGUAAAAAAUUCUCAAUUGGGGUCUCAAUUUACUGUUAAGAGUCAAAAUAGUAGAAUACAUAAAGUGCCAUUUCAAAAUGUGGUUUUGCAUCAGCAGUUUUCCUCUUAUGUCAGUCACUGACAGUCACACAAUUAGCCUAUGUCAGCUAACAUUUUUCAGAUUGGUAAAUUAGUCCAGCCAGCCAUAUAAACGUGUUCUAAUCAUAGUUGAUUUAACAACCGGAGGGCCCCCCUUUGAUUUUGUUAGUCAUUCUAACUCAUAUCAUAUUAUAAGCUGCAAACAUUUGUAUAGCAACUAUGGCAACGUGUAGAAUUGCAGGAAAUUGGCUGUAACUGCCCAUUUUUCUUCGCUCCAUGGCAAAAUUAAUAGAAUUGCAUUACAUUGGGAAGUAAUUGCUACGCCCCACGGCAAAAUGUGUAGAAUUGCAGGAAAUUAACUCUAAAACAUCAAUGUUUUGUCUCUGGUGUCAAGGGGGGCCUGCAAAAAUAUUUUGAUUGCAAGGUAGGCAGGGACCCUUAACACAAUUCCACUUAGGGCUCCCAAAAGGCUAAGGCCAGCUCUUGACUGCAUGUGUGGGUAUGGAUGUGGGUACACAGACCCACGAGCCACUGCGGCCUCUCAUGGUGAGUUCAGAUUUUUUUGGGACCCCCCCAUCAGUUGCCCAUCCCUGCUUUAGAACUUCUUGAGCGACUUACACGAAACCCAACUAACUGUGAGAUGGCUCUUCUGAUGGUUGGAAGAGUGAAGUGUUCAGUGUGGGGGAUUAAUUGUUUUGUUCCUCUAAUAAAGACAAACAGACCAACUGGAUUUGUACUUUUUUUGUAUGCUUGUGUUUUUGUACCUUUCUGAAAUCAUGGGAAAUAAAAACAAAAUAUGCACA